CUCCCCCCGCGGGCAGGGUUUCCAGCCGGAGCGUUUAUGCGGCGCGCGGGGAAGGGGCGCGGGGGCCGCCAUGUCGCGGUUGCACCAGAGCAGGAUCGCGGACUUUCAGGAGGUGCUCGGCGAACCCACGGUGGCUCUGGCCAAGCUCCGCGAUCUCUGCUUCAGCGGAAUUCCCUUUGAUGGUGGGCUGCGGUGCCUGUGCUGGAAGAUACUCCUGAACUACCUCCCUUUAGAGAAGGCCUCAUGGAGCUCUUUGCUGAAGAAACAGAGGGAUCUGUAUUCCCAGUUCCUGAAGGAAAUGAUUAUCCAGCCUGGGAUUGCUAAAGCCAACCUGGGUGUUUCAAGGGAAGAUGUGACCUUAGAAGAUCAUCCCCUCAAUCCAAAUCCAGACAGUCGAUGGAAUACUUACUUCAAGGAUAAUGAAGUGCUUCUCCAGAUAGACAAAGAUGUCAGGAGACUGUACCCUGACAUGGCAUUCUUCCAGCGCCCAACAGACUACCCCUGCCUUUUAAUCCUGGAUCCCCAAAAUGAGUUUGAGACACUGCGCAAGCGGGUGGAGCAGACCACACUCAAGUCACAGACGGUGGCGCGAAACCGCAGUGGGGUUACAAAUGUGAGCUCCCCCCUUAAAACGACAUCAAACUCUCUGAGCGAGUACGAAGUUCUGCCCAACGGCUGUGAAGCUCACUGGGAAGUGGUGGAGCGAAUCCUGUUCAUCUACGCCAAGCUGAACCCUGGGAUAGCGUACGUUCAGGGGAUGAAUGAAAUUGUGGGGCCUCUUUACUACACCUUUGCUACAGAUCCUAACAGCGAGUGGAAAGAACAUGCUGAAGCGGACACAUUUUUCUGCUUUACCAAUCUAAUGGCUGAAAUUCGGGAUAACUUCAUUAAGAGCCUGGACGAUUCUCAGUGUGGCAUUACCUACAAAAUGGAGAAGGUCUACUCUACUCUGAAGGAAAAAGAUGUGGAGCUGUAUUUGAAACUGCAAGAACAGAACAUCAAACCCCAGUUCUUUGCCUUCCGCUGGUUGACGCUGCUCUUGUCCCAAGAGUUCCUGCUGCCAGACGUCAUCCGUAUCUGGGACUCCCUCUUUGCUGAUGAUAAGCGCUUUGAUUUUCUUCUGCUCGUCUGUUGUGCCAUGUUGACACUAAUCCGGGAUCAGUUGCUGGAAGGAGACUUCACUCUGAACAUGAGGCUGCUGCAGGAUUAUCCUAUCUCUGAUGUUCACCUGAUUUUGAAGAAGGCAAAGGAACUUCAAGAUUCUAAAUAGCCUAACAGAAGGUGUCAGAGAAACUGUGUGACAGCGGAUCCCAGGAAAUGCUCCCAUGCAGUGUGGUGCAUUAAAGCUCCUAGUGGUCUCUACGGGACUUCAGGUUUUGUGUUUGGGCUACUGGCCAUCUUGAAGACUUCCUCCUACUCUAUUUAUUAGGUCAAGGACUGAUUACUUCCCCAUCUACGUGGGUCCUGCACUCCAGAUUUUUUUCAAAUCUCAAAUGCCUCUGUGCUGCCAAAAGCAGUUCUUUGUAUCUCUUUUUAAUGACUUUAAGUUUGGGGAGAAAGAAACCGUCUGUCUGGAUAUCCCUGAAAGGAUGGACUCCUGCAUCGUGGAAGUAGCUCACGUGGAGUAACUCCUGAUGGAGAAGGGAUGGGCUGAGUCCGGUAGAUUUUGGUGGGUGAGUAUAGAAGGAUCUUCCUCCUGUGAAUAGAAUGUAUCCCAAUGAAGUCACACAUCCUGCCAUUCAAGUAGCUUCUGGAUCCUUCUCCUUCGUGUCUGCACUUAGCCAUCCCUGGGGUGUGCUAAGAAGAUUUCAUCAGCUUCUGGUGAUUGUCAUCUGACAUCCAGCAGUUUGGACUCCUUUGCCUGGGAAAGAGAUUUUGAGAAGCUGAGAUGGAAGGACACAAUUACAGCUGGUAGCUUUGUGCACUGAAACUGCCUGAAUCCGGAAUCGCCUUAUCAACAAGGUCUCCUUGAAAGCAAGACUGCGGUGGUUUUAAUCAAUGAGUGUAGUUUGAAGUCAAGCCUUACUACGCACAGCCUUAGAGCAGGAGCCUAUUGCUGCAUGCAGGCAUCAAGCUGCUUUCCUGGCUCUGAACUGGGGCAUAUCCAGCUACAAUCAGGAUUCUGAAAUACAAGAAAUGGGCAUCUGGUCAUGUGCAAUGAAGACAGCUGUAUUUAGGGACUUAUACAGGCACAGCACUGGGGUUUUCUGCCUCAGUGGUUUGCAUAAUACUACCUUGCAUAAGCUCUGGUCACAGUAACCUUGAUACUGUCUCAUAGUAUUUGAUACUGUCAGGAAGAGACAUGGUACAACUCCAGCCUACAAUUAAGAGUCAUUUUCUGGUUUAAUCCAGUAUGCACACAAGCAUUUUGGUCAUUAGCUGACUGCUGGGGCUGAUCCACUUUUCUGUGUGCUGGUUGUGUUGGAGUCACAAUCCUGAGUUGGACACUUCUCCCUCCUGAGAGGGAAACCGCUGCAUUUCAAAUACAGUGGAGCAGGCUCAGGUGAACGUGGACUAAGACAAGCUACAGAGGGAACUGCUCAUGUACCAGCAGCAUCAAGCUGGUCAGAAACCAUAAUCCUCAGAGGGAGAAACUACAGCGCCCAGGUGCUUGGGUGGUGCCGAAGGUCUUGAGUGAACACUAAUCCAGCGUGCUUUUCCCUUUCUUUCUGUGCUGUGCUGGCUCAUCUCUGCAUAGCUGUUUGACACUGCAGUUUUUGGUAUUUAUGGGUAUUGAUUUGUUAAAGGUCAGUUGUCUUUGUAAGAUCUGCUUAAGCUGCCGAUGGCCUAGAAUUGCCCUAGCAGGAGGGAUGUUGUCAGCCUUCAGCCUUGUUUUACUAGUGUUUUUUCCUUCACUGAAGGCCACUUCUUUACAGGCUACUGUAAAUUCUCACAAGGGUGGGUGGGGAGACUAGAGGACAGGUUGAUGCAUGCACCUAUGUUCUUACUGGCAAUCCCAAGCAAUCUUUCUGCCUCUUCAGAAGAUGCUCAAGUGACACUGGUGCAGCCAGGUGUUGCUGCUGUGGUGCAGCAAGAGCAACUUAAAACAAUCUGUAAUUAAUAUAUGUGGCUAACAGCAUCCCUCUCUGCUGCAGUCCUUUCUAGAGGGUAGUUUUCCUCCAAGAAAUACAGAACUGAGAGACUGGCA